GGCCAUCCCCCCUCUGUGUGUCCGUGGGAAGGAGGAGUUUAACCCCACAUUGUCUGGGAGGAGUCCGCAGUCUCUUGGCGCUCCGUCCCAGGAACAUUUGGUCUGGAAACAGAGGAAUCGUGGAAGUACGCUCCAAGAAAAUCCGAUUUUUGUGUUUCUAUGAAAUGCAACAACGUUAUAUUUAGCGGUUGCGAAGAAGAAAACAAACGAAUACUGCGAGAAGUAUGUUUUAUUACAGGAAACACUAGCCGAUACAGAAAAUCUCGAACUACCACAAAUAAGACUCAGAUGCUGCUUCAGUAUUGCACCGGCUUCUUUGUUUAUCCCAAUGAGCCAGACGACAAAGGAAUGCGUUUAUUUUGAGAAAUGAGGCGGAGAGAACCUUGCACAUAGGAGCUCUGAUCUAAGAAGAGACUUUCAGACAGGCAGUGAUGGGAAAUUCAGAGAGCCAAUAUAGCAUCCAGGGCCCCAAAGGCACCAGCUUUGUCUUCCCUGGGAAACCGAAGCCACUGAAACUCCGCUCAGCCAAAGACAACACUCUUUCGCCCCAUAUGUGGUGGAAAAGUACCCCAGUGGGCUCAGGAUACAAGGCCAGGUGUGUUGGCCGUGGCUGUCUGUCCCCUCCUAAAAGCCGGCAGCCAUACUCCGCUAGGCACUAUGACUACGUCUCAAAGGGAACAAAGGGCAUCCCAAGUGAGAAUCGCUGGCCUCGAUCACCUGGAUGUGGUAUACGAAGGCGGCAUAUGUCAGAUGACUACAGAGAUAAUCCAUAUGGGGCUGAGCUUAAUGGGCACACCCUGAAUGGACACAGUGAUGAGCAUGAGGCUUUAGAGGAACAGAGCAGCCCACGGGUGGUGAUCAAGAAGGAUGGCAGUCUCAGGGUGGAGUUCACCAACACCUCGGGUAAUCCCCUCCUCCUGGAUGAGGCUUCCGGGCCUGUACAACUCCUCAAGUUCUCUCCCAACCUGGAGUCUGCAUCCACUCCCAGUCUGCCUGGUUCAAGUGGUAGUAGGCAGGAUGGCCACCGCAGCGGUCCACCGCCAGCCUCGACCUCCUCCACGGCCAGGACCAGCAAGGGAAGCUCACUGAGCUCUGAUGGUUCCUGGUAUGACUCUCCGUGGGGGCACAGCGCAGAGCUGUGUGAGCAGGACCAACCCUGCUCUGCCAGCAGGACACUAGUUCACUCCCCCAUCCACCAGCUCGACUCCUUCACUGAACAGUCUCCCCCUGUGUCCAUCACAGACCUCUAUAAGGACCCCACAAUGGCUGCUACCUUUCCCACAGCCAGGAACCUGUCCUCCCAGUUACAAGAGCAUCCACCAGGCCAGAGGCCACACCGAGCCUCUUUUGCAUCAGUCCUGGAUGUUCCAUUGGAGGAAGAAUGCCCAGAGGCCCGCCAGUACUCAUCAUACACCCUGCCCUGUCGCAGGCCCAAAGCCCACACCAUGAGUGAGGAUCUGGACCACUAUCCUGACCAGGAACAGCACCAGGAGCAGGCUGGACCUGAUUUCGGCUUCCAUAAGAAAGACUCCAUCAAAAACCGCAUCAGACGCCUCAGUGAUUGGACAGGCAGCCUCAGCCGCAAAAAGAGGAAGUCUCAGGGUUCAUACAAGGAUCUUAUUCACAUGGAGACCAGGUACAAGGACCUGAGUGAUGCCUUUGACAGUGGGGUUGAUGGACUGACUGCAGACACCAGUUCCCCCUCCCAGGUCUCUAGUCUGGUCUGGUUCCCAGGAGCCUCCAGGGCCCAAUCAUCAGGAGCCAUUCACCAAACGACCAGUGACGCCGUCCGCCAGAAUAUCUAUGAGAACUUCAUGAGGGAGCUGGAGACGGGCACUGGACAAGGUGGAGGGGGAGGUGGUGAGAGAAGAGACCCAUCCACGGGCACCGAAGAGGGGGAGAGCAGCAGUGAGUCGGCUGAGGGCUCCCUGGAGCAGCUGGAUCUACUGUUUGAAAAGGAACAGGGGGUGGUCAGACGGGCCGGCUGGCUGUCUUUCAAACCCCUUGUCACCCUGCACAAGGACAGGAAGCUGGAGCUGGUGACCCGCCGCAAGUGGAAGCAGUACUGGGUGACCCUGAAAGGAUGUACAUUGCUGUUCUAUGAGACUUAUGGGAAGGGCUCUCCAGAGCAGGAGCUGUCUCCUCGCUACGCUCUCCUGGCUGAGGACAGCAUCGUCCAGGCCGUUCCUGAGCACCCCAAAAAGGAAAAUGUUUUCUGCCUCAGCAACUCGUAUGGAGACGUCUACCUCUUCCAGGCCAGCAACCAGACUGACCUGGAGAACUGGGUGACAGCCAUCCAUUCUGCCAGUGCCUCGUUGCUGGCAAAGCGUCAGGGGAAGGAGGAUACGGUGCGCCUGCUGCGGAGCCAGGUCCGCAGCCUGCUGCAGAAGAUCGACAUGGACGGGAAGAUGAAGAAGAUGGCCGAGCUGCAGCUGACAGUGGUCAGCGACCCCAAGAACCGCAAGGCUAUUGAGAACCAGAUCCAGCAGUGGGAGCAGAACCUGGAGAGGUUUAACAUGGAUCUGUUUAGGAUGCGCUGCUACCUAGCCAGUCUACAGGGUGGAGAGCUGCCCAACCCAAAGAGCCUGCUGGCAAUUGCCAGCCGCCCCACUAAAACCACACUGGGACGCCUCGGGAUCUUCUCUGUCUCCUCCUUCCAUGCACUGAUCUGUUCCAGAGAUGAGGCCACACUCAGAAGGCGUUCAUUGUCCCUGACUCACAGACAGCGCAAGAGAGGCCUUUUCUCCUCGCUCAAAGGCCUCGACAACCUUACGAAGAGAGGCCGGGACAAGAGGCCCUCUGCAUCACAGAUCUUUGAGAGCGAUGCUGGAGGCCAAACGUACGCCCUACCCCCGAGGAGCACUGAGAGGCUGGACGUGCUGACUAGUAUCUACUCCAUGUCGCCCCCUGAGGGCGGUGUGUGGGACAGCAUCAGCGGUGCCACAGACGUGCUGACGUGUGUCUACAUGCCAGACGGCCAGACAGUCCAAGUUCCUGUCAGGAGAGACCAGACACCCGUCGACCUUCUCUCUGCAGCCUGCAAGGUGAAACAGCUGGACCCGGGCCUGCACUGCCUCCGACUGCACAGGCGAGUGGGGCAGGACGUGGAGGUUCGAUACGUGGCUCCUGGGGAGCUGCUCUGUGAUGUGGUCAAUGAUCAGCUGGAGGUGGUCCCAGUUAAUGUGUUUACGCUGCACAUGAGCAGGCCAAGCAGCAGUGGUGACUUUGGUUUUGCAGUAACAGGACACAUAGACAGCCAGAGAAACAGCAGGAUUUUUGUCAGUGAAGUGCUUCCUGAUGGACUGGCAUUCAAUGAAGGUCUGCGUCCAGGCGACGAGAUCCUGGUGCUGAAUGGCCGGUGUGUGUCAGGCCUGGACCUGGCGCUGAUCCAGACGCUGUUUGCUGAACAAACCCUGCACCUGAGCCUGAGGCGGGACGGACCGCUGCCGCCAACCGUGGCCUCCAACCACCCGGCCCCUCCUCUCAAACACAACCAGGAGGUUCGCAGCAAACACCAGCGUGCCAAGUCCUCCUCAGAUGUGUGCACUGCAGCUGAUGGUGAUGAUUCCCCGUGUGUAGGACUAGAGACUGGUCACUCCCACUGCGCACAUAGGCCUGUUCAGCACAGCAAGAGCGUUGACACAGUGUGCACUCUAUACCAGUCCUUCCAGGAAGGGACAGGUUCGGGCCCUGGGGGUUUGAUGGACGACACCAAGGAACCUCCAGUGAGGCAGAGAGGGGAUCCCAUGGGAGAGGCCACCCCGCUCAGACCCUGCCCCAAGCAUAUGAGUGCCACUGAGAGGUUACGCAAGGUGAUCCAGGAACUGGUGGACACAGAGAAGUCCUACGUGAAGGACCUGGCCUGUUUGUUCGAGAUCUACCUGAAACCCCUGCAGAAUGAAACCUUUCUGACACUGGAUGAGAUGGAGAGUCUGUUUGGCAGCCUGCCAGAGAUGUUGGACUUCCAGAGGGUCUUCCUACAGACCCUGGAGGAGAGGAUCGCCUCCUCGCCUGACUUCAGCACCCUGGAGACCCCCUCACAGUUCAAGAAGCUGUUGUUUUCUCUUGGGGGUUCCUUCCUCUACUACGCUGACCACUUCAAGCUCUACAGCGGCUUCUGUGCCAACCACAUCAAGGUCCAGAAGGUCCUGGAGAGAGCUAAGACGGAUCAGGCCUUCAAGGAAUUCCUGGAUGCGAGGAACCCCACCAAGCAGCACUCGUCCACCCUGGAGUCCUACCUGAUAAAACCGGUGCAGAGGGUGCUCAAGUACCCCCUGCUGCUCAGGGAGCUGGUCUCCCUCACUGACGCUGACAGCGAGGAGCACUACCACCUCACCGAGGCUCUGAAAGCCAUGGAGAAGGUGGCCAGCCACAUCAAUGAGAUGCAGAAAAUCUACGAGGAUUACGGCUCUGUGUUUGAUCAGCUAGUUGCUGAGCAGACUGGCCACGAUAAAGAGGUCACAGAGAUCUCUAUGGGAGAGUUUCUCAUGCAUUCCUCAGCAGUCUGGCUCAACCCGCAUCCAUCGUUGGGCCGCAUGAGAAAAGACCCCGAAAUGACCAUAUUUGUGUUCAAGAAAGCAGUGAUAUUGGUCUACAGGGAAAACAACAAGCUGAAGAAGAAAAUGACCAACCCUCGUUCAGCACUUUCUCAUGGAGAUUCGGACCCCUUUAAGUUCCGUUGGCUCAUCCCACUCUCUGCACUGCAGGUCAGACUGGGAAAUACAGGAGGACCAGGCACAGAAAGCAGCUGCAUCUGGGAGCUGAUUCACUCCAGGUCUGAGGUGGAAGGCAGACCCGAGACCGUCUUCCAGCUGUGUAGCAGUGUGCCAGAGAGCAAGGUCAACAUCAUCAAGGUGAUCCGCUCCAUCCUCAGGGAGAAUGUGAGGAGGAACAUGAGGAGCGAGGGCACGUUGGAGAGGGGCUGUAAGGAGCGCCUGGCCCCCCUGCGCAGCACCCUGCCCUCCUCCGCCAGGAUAGGUUCCUCCAGGGCUUCCCAGUUGUGUAAGCAGCAACUUGGAGAUCUCUCCGCCCAGGCUGGGAAUCCCAAGCUGGGGCCAGACUCAGACGAGGGAAGCCUGAGCAGUGGAACCUACAGUUUGUCUGGGGCUCCUCCACCUUGCACCUCCUCUGACUCACACAUUCUGCCUGUCCAGCAGAACUGGUCUCAGACACCUGGGUCCAACUUGCAACCCCGCUCCACCUCUUCUGUGAAAGAGUCUGAUAUUUUAAGUGAUGAGGAUGAUGACGGCUUUAGCGAGGGGGGAACAAGGAGGAACAGCGGAGACAGCAGUUCCCCAACUAGUGCCAUUGAGGCUCAGUUCCUCCAACUUAAACUCUCAGAAGACGCGGUGUCAAAAUGUGCACUGGCUCCCUGUGUUCAACCUGAGGGAGAGGGGGACACUCCAGAGACCCAACCCAAACUGAUGCGAGGACACUUCGGUGCUGUUAAGAGGAAACCCAGCAGUUUCAGAAGGAGCCAGGGUGCACUGUUGAACAUGAAGGCACACAGCAGGUCACUGGACAGCCAGGCGGAUGCAGUUUCACCAUCAGGGGUAGUGGAUCUCAACACAUUGCUGGAGAGAGAGUUCAGCAUCCAAAGUCUGACUUCUGUAGUGAAUGAAGACUGUUUCUAUGACCCAGCUGAGAGCUGUGCCACUGACUCUGGAAAUACGACCUCCUCGUAGGGGGCUGGAUGGACAGAGCAGAGCUAAACUGUACCAGGGCCACAAGUUAAUGGUCAUAAAGGUGAGAGGCGCUGACCAAAGCCCCUGCUUCCCAAGAGGGGAAAUCCUGUGGCUCACUGCGGGCUCUACCAGGGUGGCUGUGAAGCUGUGCCUCAACUCUGUUUAGUAGGCCACAUUACCCGCCUGCUACAAGUUAGGUGUAAAUGAUCUUUUCUGAUGGAAGCCUAUUGACUGGCAGAUCCAGUUUCCCCCACUAGAGUGGGUGACAAGUGAGGCGACUUCUGUCCCAAUGAUAAUGACUACAAUGAAUCUGCCAAGCACUGAUGUGUUCCUGCGAUCUCUUCAGCUCUCUGGGCUUUGCCUCGCCCCCCCCCAAAAACCGUCUGAGUGACGUAGUCCAUCCUAGUUUCCCCUGCAGCUCAUGUUGAUUGGCAGUUUUUAAUUGGUUUUUGACCUUUUCUAUGAGGAAAUGGGGAGAAUGUCCUUGGUGUGUCAGUCCCAAACGUUAAAAGAGGAGGGAAGUCCACAGUGCGUACAGAGCCACAGGAUAUUGAGACGAAAUAAGUUUGAGUCUGUAUUAUGCUACAUGAGUUCAGGCUUGGUAUUCAUUUGUAUUUGGUUUCACAGAAGCAAACACUGUAGGUCACCGCUUAUUACGAUUGCAUUAUCGUUUAACAUGAAAUGGAAGGAGGCACUGAAUGAAAGCUAUCACGGACUAAUGAGAUCCACCCAAAGAGCUACAGCGGCCAAGUCAGACUUCCUGAAAAGAGGUGACGUUGGCCUAAAUAAACAGAAGGAUACUGUCUUUCGCAACUAAGCCUUGUUGCUGUAUUUUGUGCACUAAAGUACACUGUUUGCCUAUAUAUUUGAAAUAUUUUUUAUCUGUACAGGUUUUAAUGUAAUUAAUGCGGUUUUUAUUUAUUAAUAGGUUUGAUUAUGUAUAUCUUAGCAAAAGUAACUUUUUGGGUGAAGGCUUGAUAUGUUGGCUAAAGAUUUGGUCCAUUAGUAAAUUAAAAAAAGAUGCAAUGCAGCUUGACAUUUUUUCCACUUCAUUUUAAAUGUAGCCUACUGGAUUUUGGUUGUCUUUCGCUGAAGAUUGUAAUUUCCAGGGUAUGCAUUAGAAUGUACAAGUGUUUGAGAUAUGGCUACUUAAUUGAAUGAUUUAAACUGCAAUAAUGUUUAAACCCUAGUGUUUCUCUAUGUUUGUAUCCUGUGUAUAUAUAAUCUUUUCUAUUUUUGAAAGAUUGAUGUAUUCUCUUAUACAUACAUGACACUGUACAGGUAAGAAACAAGGCAGGAAUUUGCAAUAAAUGCAGCUGAUAUUUUUGUAAAACGUUUUGUUUGCCAUAGCAUAAAGGUACAUGAGGUACUAUAAAAAGGCAAACCACUACUACAUUAUUUACUUUCUCAGCUCAACUUCACCAUGCCUUUAAUGCUAGCAUACCAAUGAAUGUGAAUACCCCAUUCUUAUGGAAUUGUUUUAUAAAUAAAAGUUAUCUGUGAAGAUG